AACAAUCACACCAUGCUCACCAAGUUUGCCCUCCCCCUCAUCCUCGCCGCAUCGGCGAUCGCUGCCCCCACAAGCAACGAGUCCCCCAACCUGGCCGCCAAGGACCUCGUCUCCGUCCCCGCCCUCAACAUCCGCGACCUCCAGCCCGAGGGUGGCCUCGAGGCCAGGCAGAGAGGCCAGACCUGCUGGGGCAACGGCAUCUGGUGUGGCGGCAACUGCAUCUACGAGGACCCAUACCUGACCAUGUGCUGCAAGCCCUGGGAACGUGGUGCCGUGUGCCGCUACCCGUACAACAAGGACUGUAUCCCCGACGGGAACGGUUGGUUCACCUGUCUUCGCUAGUAGACCGCUUCAGAGCUCUGUCAAUGCGAUGUAUCCGUGUGCCUCUGGGA